AUGGCUCAACAAUAUAGAACUGUUUCCUCUGUCAAUUUUUCACUUGGUGUACUCGUGCUUGCUCUCUGUUUGGGAUACUUGCUUUUCACCGCAGCUCAUGUUGAAGCUGCCAAGAAGAAACCAGCAAGACCACCUCAUCAUGGUCAACACAAUUCUACUCAUCCACCAACUCCAGCUCCUCGUCCAGUCAAUGAAACCUCUGCUAGUACUCCAGUAAAUGAUAAGGAAUUGAUUGACAAGAUCAAUGCCAAUGAAACUCUCGGUUGGAAGGCUACUGAAUAUCCACGUUUUGCAAACUUGUCCAUUUCAGAAGCAAGAGACUCACUCUUUGGUUUGUCCUUGCUCAGUACUGAUCCUGACACUCCAAGAUUGGACAUUGAACCACGUGUUGACUUGCCAAUGAAUUUUGAUGCUAGAACUCAAUGGAGAGGAUGCAUUCCAGCUGUUAGAGAUCAACAAACAUGUGGCGCCUGUUGGGCUUUCUCUGCCACCUAUGUAUUGGCUCAUAGAUUGUGUAUUGCCACCAAUGGUAAAACUAAUGUUGUCCUAUCACCAGAAUAUCAAGUUCAAUGUGAUACUAUGAAUAAGGCCUGUCAAGGAGGAUAUUUGAAAUAUGCUUGGUCAUUUUUGGAAAGGACUGGAACUACUGUUGAUUCUUGCAUUCCAUAUGCUAGUGGAAGAGCAACUUUCUCAUCUGGUACUUGUCCAGCUAAAUGUAAAGUCUCUACUCAAUCCAUGACCAUGUACAAGGCUAAGAACUCUCGUUACAUUUCAGGUGUCAAUAAUAUUAAGGCAGCCAUAAUGAGUUAUGGAUCUGUGCAAAGUGGCUUCACUAUUUAUCGCGAUUUCAUGUCAUAUCGAUCUGGAGUUUACAAACAUGUCAGUACCACAACUUUGGGUGGACACGCUGUUGCAUUAAUUGGUUGGGGAGUUGAAAGUGGAACUAAUUAUUGGUUAGCUGUCAAUUCAUGGGGAUCCAAUUGGGGUAUGUCUGGUUAUUUCAAGAUUGCCCAAGGAGAAUGUGGAAUUGAGAAUCAAGUCUAUGCAGGAGAACCAGUUUACUAG